GCAUCAUUCGCAGUCACUGCGGCUCUCUCGCUCUCUUCACAGUUGCUCCGAAACGCCAGCACAACUUGAAAUAAAUACAUUUCAAAGGUCGAUUUUCCGUCUCUGGAAAUGAAUUUGUCCUCCUUAAUAAUCGGGACGCUGCUGUUCGGCAUGUCCGCGGCCUUCUCUCGAGUCUACGAGUGGAACGAAACCCAAUUUUCCAAAGAAGCGCCUUCCAGCAUGGUUCUUUACGGCGACAGGAUUUUCUUCGGCUUUCCGAACAAUAGUUCAAGCGGAACUAAAGCUCGUUUGACUUUCGCGCGGCUGCCUGGCGGUGACAAGAGCAACCCUUCCCCUCGAUUUCACCCUCUUCAGGAGGAGAUUGGUGAAAAUUGCGACGCAGUGCAGAGCGUGAUUGACCUAAAAACGGACGAAUUGGGCCGGCUGUGGGUGCUGGACGGAGGUUCUCGAAACUGCCCACUGACCUUUCGGAUUUUCGACCUGAAAAACAACGACUCCCUUUUGCUCGUGCACCCUCUGGCGGGAAACCCGAGGAAUAUAGUCACGAUUGCUGAUGUGUUUGGCGACAAAGUGGCCGUCGUCUCGGAAUGGACUGGAAAAUUUUUCUAUUUUGUUUUAAAUGAAAACAAGACGGUACCGUCCUCUGAUCCGAUGACUGACCCUUCGUAUCAGGGUCAGGGAAUCAAGGACCUGGCUUGGAUACUCAUUUCGCCGCAGAAAGGUCUGUUUGGUUACGCGUGCAGCUUCCAGUGCCGGGAAGUUUUUCUCGCUGACGAUUCCACGACGCCAACCACCGUCACAAAAAUUGGCACUUUGUCUUCCGAAUCGAAAGGGAUGCUCAUCGACAGCAAGGGAGUUUUGUACUUUGUCCACGAGACGGAGAAAAGGGUUACCGCUUGGGACGCGAAAGGUCCGUUCAAGGAGGAGUUACUGCACAAGUUCGAGACGGACGUGGACUCGAUUAAUUUUGCCCUGGACCGUGCUGAUAACCUUUGGCUGCUCUCGCACGACGCAAGCAGCCGCGUUUUUCUUCUCAAAGGCGAAUACAAGUCAAGCGCAAACAAUUAGGCAAACAACAAAUAGCACAACCUUGAUGAUCCAUUGCGAUUCUCCUGGCUGUAUUUGAUAUAAUUCUUGAUUUUCAUAAUGGUUUUCGUUUUUUAUGUUGGUUUUUUUUUCAAAUUAAAACACAGUUAAU